ACACUAUCUAAUUAUUCUUCAUAGUCUUGCUUUACUAGUUCAAUCUUUCAGGUUAUUAGGUGUCUUUGACAAUGGCAGAAGAGGUAAUUUUGUUGGAUUUCCAUUACAGUAUGUUUGGGAUGAGAGUUAGGAUUGCAUUGGCUGAGAAAGGAAUCAAAUAUGAGUACAAGGAAGAGAACCUGAGGAACAAGAGUCCUCUGCUUCUUCAAAAUAAUCCCAUUCACAAGAAAAUACCAGUUCUAAUCCAUAAUGGCCAACCCAUUUGUGAGUCCCUCAAUAUUGUUCACUACAUCGAUGAGUUCUGGAAUGAUACAAAUCCGUUGUUGCCCUUUGAUCCAUACCAGAGAGCUCAAGCCAGGUUCUGGGCUGAUUUCAUUGAUAAAAAGGUGCAUGAAGGUGGGAGGAAGAUUUGGGCUUCAAAGGUAGAUCAGCAUGAAAUUGGCAAGAAGGAAUUGAAAGAGAGCUUGAAACAACUAGAGGAGGUUCUUGGAGACGAGCCAUAUUUUGGGGGUGACACAUUUGGGUUUCUUGAUGUUGCUUUAAUCCCUUUCUAUCACUGGUUUUAUACUUAUGAAACUGUGGGCAACUUCAAGUUGGGCUGUCCUAAACUUAUUGCAUGGGCCAAGAGAUGUUUGCAGAGGGAAAGUGUCUCCAAAUCCCUUGCUAGUGAAAAUGACAUCUAUGAGUUUGUUUUGAGCUUUAGAAAAAGGCUCGAGUUGGACUAAGAGACACGUCACGAGUAAGGAAAGUCUGUUUCUACCGAAAUGUUAGCAAUAAUUUGAUGUGUUUUUAACACUCUCUUCUAUUAAAUAAAUUAAGAAUAUGUAUAAAAGUUCCUGAUUUGUUGGUGACAUAAAAUCUUGCAUACUUGUGUUGUGCGGGUGGAACUAGGUUAUGUUCUGUCGGAUAGGAACUUUCCAUGUCAAUGUUUUGUACUCAUGUUUAAUAAAACAGAAUUUUGUUUUAUUU